UUUACGCCACCUCGCGUGCUGCGUGACGAAGCGACCGUCUAUGGCGGCCGCCGGUGACGACGACGACGACGGGGAGCUUCGCCGGCGUGCGGCGCUGCGGGAGGCCUUCGGAGACUCAUCGGAAAGCGACCCCGACGAGCCUGCCGUCUGUGCCGGCCCCCCUAGGAGCCGUGGGGCUGGGGCGGGCCGCGAGCAGUGGAGGUGGGAGGCGGUCGCGGGGGUGAGGGGGCUGUGGCUCUGCGCCGCCUUCCUCUCCGCCGACGAGCAGUCGCGGCUCCUCACCGCGAUCCGGCGAGAAGGAUGGUUCUGCGAUGCACAAAACCAAGCAAUGAGAUUUGGCGACCUUCCUUCAUGGAUCAUUGAACUUUCUUCGCUUAUUCAUGAAGCUAUUUGUGUUGGUGAUGUCAAUGUUGGCUCUGGUGUGGAGUUAGAAAAUGAGGAUGAAGAUGCAUGUCCUUUACCAUCAGACUUGCUGUGGAGGGAACCACUUUUUGACCAACUAAUUGCAAACAGAUACGAGCCAGGUGAGGGCAUCUGUGCUCAUGUUGAUCUGAUGCGCUUUGAUGAUGGAAUCGCGAUAGUCUCCCUUGAGUCACCGUGUGUGAUGCACUUCAGUCGGACAGAACAAGAAGUUGCUGUGUGUGAUGCACCAAAGACGCAGGAUGAAUCUACAAAGAUCCCUGUUUACCUGAACCCAGGGUCCCUUGUUGUCAUGUCAGGCGAUGCAAGAUACUUAUGGAAGCAUGAGAUAAACCGCAAGCCAGGUGCUCAGCACUGGGGUGGCAGGGAGCUGGAGCAGCAGAUUAGAACUUCGAUUACACUGAGGAAGCUCCUUGCAUCGCCAAAUUAAUACCACCAGGAAAUUUCUCCUGUUUUUUGCAGUUCCUAGCCAUUUUUACAGUCAUACAGUGCUUCCUUUGGGGAUUUUGGUACUUAUGAAAUUAUGGUAUGGGUACCUAAAUGGCUAGCUCCUUUGAGGAUGAUGUAAGAAUUUCCUUUAAUGAUGCUUCUCUGAUUAUCUUUUGUUGUGUUGUGGAAAGCUGUAAUGAGGAUGCUAACAACAAUGUGCACCACAGUAACCAUGUUGUGAUGCAGUGCCCGUUUCUGUCAGAUCCCAUGGAAGUAACUAUGUGCUAUGUUGUUGCUAGAGUGACCAAAAUACUGGGGAAAAUGAAACAAUGACCUGCAUGUUAUUUUUCAUUACACACAUUCGUUUCAAUUAAACACAUUUGGAAU